AAAAAAAAAUAAGAAGAAAGAUCUGGAGUGAGUGCGUGCUUGCAGGCUUUGCUGGAGACUGGAAGGCGGCGGCUUUGCUGCAGAAAGUGGGGGGGACCGCCGAGCCGAUGUCGGGGCUCCCGGAGAAGCCGGGCUGCAGGGCCCGCAGCAGGAGCACCAAGACGUGGGAAGAAUAGGCGAGUCCAAGAAGAAGAACCUGGGCCUGACCUGACCCAUCCAUCAUCCGCCAAGCAUCUCCGACCUUGUGCCCUCCACGUUGCCUUCCGGCGGGACCUGUCGACAAGCACAUCCAGGGAAUGGCCCACUGGUGACCUCGGUCUCAGUGCUUCAGCCCCACUGGCCGCACCAUGAACCUCCAGGCCCAUCAGCCCAAGGCUCAGAAUAGACGAAAACGUUGUCUCUUUGGGGACCAAGAAGCAGCUUCCAAGGAGCAGCAGCCCCCAACCCUGCCAGCCCCCCAACCACCCACCAUCCAGCCCCAACCCUCCCGGGUCAAGGAGGAGCCCUAUUUUGGGCACGAGGGGCCCCCAGGAGCCUCUGGGCCUGCCUCACAGCCCGUGGAACUGCCUCCGAACAGCCUGAGCUUGCUGAACUCUGUGUACGGGCCUGGGCCUGAGCGAAGUACGGCUGCCAUGCUGUCCCAGCAGGUGGCACCUGUCAAAUGGCCCAAUUCAGUGAUGGCCCCGGGGAGGACCCCGGAGCGUGCAGGGGGUGCGGGCAUCAGUGACAGUGCCUGGCAGCCGCAGCCGGGGCAGCCUCCACCGCAUGCAACUUGGGGUCGUCAUAGCCUGCCACUCUAUGGUGCUCCCAAGGGGAGCCCGCACCCCGGGCUGGGGAUGUCCGCCUACUACAGCCACCAGGAGGCACUCAAGCUGGACAAGGGCACUGGGGUGCCGCAGCUGGACCGAUAUGGCAACUCGGUGCGACCCCUGAUGACCCCCAAGCUGCAGCUGGAUGUUGGGCAGCCCCCAGCGACGCUCAACUCCUACCAUAUGGCCAAGAAGGCCUCCAACCAGGCCCUGGCCAACCAGACCCUGCCCUUGCAGCCCUUCCAGCUGGCAUUUGGCCACCAGGCCAACCGGCAGGUCUUCAGGCAGGGCCCCACGCCCCCCAACCCAGUGGCCGCAUUUGCAUCCCAGAAGCAGCCGCCACCACCACCACCGCAGGCAACUCUUCCCCAGAUGCAACUAUUUGACAACUAUUACUCUUUGCAGCAGCCUCCCUCGCAGCAGCCCCCGGACUAUGGGCUGCAGCCGGGCCUGGGGCAGCCCCACCUUGCUCACCAUGGUAUGGCCGCCUACCCCUUCGCCCCCAAUCCUGACUUGAACCCGGAGCUGCGCAAGGCCCUGCUCCAAGAGGCGGCCCCUCAGCCCGCGCUGCCCCAGGGCCACAUGCCCUUUCCCCGCCGCUCCCGUCGCCUCUCCAAGGAGGGGGUCUUGCCUCCCACCACCCUGGAAGGGGCUAGCACCCAGCCUGGGCAUGAGCCUACCAGCAACCUGUUCCUCCAUCACUGGCCCCCGCAGCAGCCUCCCCCUGGCCCACUGGGCCCACCCCAUCCUGAAGCUCUGGGACAUCCCAUGGAGGUGAGGGAGGCACAGCUGCUGGCAGAUGGGGAGAGAAUGCCCCCCAAUGGUCGUGAGCAAGAGGCUCCCUCCCUGAGCCUGGAGGAGAGUGUGGGGGCUGCUGCCACAUCCUCUGGGCAGGUGCUACGGGGAGGGGUGAUCCAUAGCACCCGAAGAAGACGCCGGGCAUCCCAGGAGGCCAACUUGCUGACGCUGGCCCAGAAGGCAGUGGAGCUGGCCUCACUACAGAACUCCAAGGAUGCCAAUGGCUCAGAGGAGAAGUGGAAAGGUGUUCUGGCCUCCACCACCACGUGCGGAGUGGAGUAUUCGGAGCCUGCCUUACCUGUCAAACGAUCCCGAGAGGACAGCGGGAUGGUGCCACUCAUCAUCCCGGUAUCUGUGCCGGUGCGGACUGCAGACCCAGCUGAGCUGGCCCACACUGGCAGUGUUGAGGAGAACAGAAAGGGGCCCGAACAAAACCUCACAGAACAUAAACCCUCAGUUAUUGUCACCCGCCGGCGGUCUACGCGCAUUCCCGGGGCUGAUGUCACUGCUCAGGCUGAGGACAUGAGUGCCAAGCUGGAAGGGGAACCUUCAGUGCGGAAGCCAAAGCAGAGACCUCGGCCCGAGCCCUUGAUUAUCCCCACCAAGGCGGGCACCUUCAUCGCCCCUCCGGUCUACUCCAACAUCACCCCCUACCAGAGCCACCUGCGUUCUCCUGUCCGUCUCGCCGACCACCCCUCAGAGCGGAGCUUUGAACUGCCCCCUUACACGCCGCCCCCCAUCCUCAGCCCAGUGCGGGAAGGCUCCGGCCUCUAUUUCAAUGCCAUCCUGUCCACCAGCACCAUCCCGGCCCCUCCACCCAUCACACCAAAGAGUGCCCAUCGCACUCUGCUCCGCUCCAAUAGUGCUGAAGUCACCCCACCUGUCCUCUCUGUGAUGGGGGAGGCCACCCCAGUGAGCAUCGAGCCGCGGAUCAACGUGGGCUCCCGCUUCCAAGCAGAAAUCCCCCCCAUGAGGGACCGGGCCCUGGCAGCCAAUGACCCCCACAAGGCAGACUUGGUGUGGCAGCCAUGGGAAGAGCUGGAGAGCAGCCGGGAGAAACAGAGGCAAGUUGAAAAUUUGCUGACUGCUGCCUGCUCCAGCAUUUUCCCUGGCGCUGGUACCAAUCAGGAGCUGGCUCUCCACUAUCUACAUGAGUCCCGGGGAAACAUCCUGGAAACACUUAACAAGCUGCUGCUGAAGAAGCCCCUGCGGCCCCACCACCACCCACUGGCAACUUAUCACUACACAGGCUCCGACCAGUGGAAGAUGUCAGAGAAGAGGCUCUUCAACAAGGGCAUCGCUAUCUACAAGAAGGAUUUCUUCCUAGUGCAGAAGCUGAUCCAGACCAAGACUGUGGCCCAGUGUGUGGAGUUUUAUUACACCUAUAAGAAGCAGGUGAAGAUUGGCCGAAAUGGGACUCUAACCUUCGGGGAUGUGGAUACAAGUGAAGAGAAGACAGCUCAAGAAGAGGUUGAAGUAGAUAUUAAGACUUCUCAGAAGUUCCCAAGGGUGCCUCCUCCCAGAAGAGAAUUCCCAAGCGAAGAGAGGCUGGAGCUCAAGAGGGAAGUAAAGGAGACCAGGAAGGAGGGGGUGGAGGAGGUGCCAGAGCACCAGGAAAAGGGGGAACAGGAAGAGGGGAGAGAGCGGAGCCGGCGAGCAGCGGCUGUCAAGGCCACACAGACACUACAGGCCAAUGAGUCGGCCAGUGACAUCCUUAUCCUCCGAAGCCACGAGCCUAAUGCCCCUGGGGCUGCGGAUUUCCAGCCCUCUGAGAAGCCAAAGGGGGGACCAGGGAAGACACGAAGGUCACUACCUUUUUCAGAAAAGAAGAAAAAAGCAGAGACAUUUAAUAACACCCAGAAUCAGGAGAACAUGUCAUUCCCUUGUAAAAAAUGUGGCAGGGUAUUCUACAAGGUGAAGAGCCGCAGCGCGCACAUGAAGAGCCAUGCCGAGCAGGAAAAGAAGGCAGCAGCCCUCUUGCAGCAAGAGAAAGAGGCUGCUGCUGCCGCUGCUGCUGCAGCAGCCACCACAGCCAGUGCCUCCCCGUUGCAGCCCACCCUGCGGGAGGAGAGUGCAGGCGAGAGGGGCUAAGACCAGGACAGAAGCCUCUCCCUGGGUGCCCUGCACCCAAGGUUUGUCAGCACCAUGGGACCUGCAGAAAGCAUCAGAAGAGAACACAUGGACUUUUCUCUUAAAAAAAAAAAAAAAGACAAUAAAAUAAACAGCUUUUUUUAUUUAUCAAGGCCCAGGAGCAGUGAUAAAGGGCAGCAGGAUCCAGUUCUCUUUGCAUUUGACCUGUCAGAAGUUUGUCUUCAUGCUUUCUCGGAACUGUGAGCAUCCCUGCUUGCUGGGGCUGCCCCUCAGGAGGGCAUCCAGCCCCCCCUGCUGCUGCCUCACGUGCUAGGACUUCUGCAAACCUCUCUCCUUCUCUGGUCUGCCUUUUCUGGGUCGAUAUGGCGACCCAAGCACAAGCGCACCCCGUUCUUAGCAUUAGCCUCUCCUCCCUGGUGAACUGCAAAGACCGCAGGCCCUGCCUGCCCCAACCCCAGAAUGAAAGAAACUCUCUCAGGUUUGUGGGGCCUCCUGCUCUGAGAGGGUUCAGCCUGGCACGUGUUCACUGCAUAAACAUGUCCAGGUCUAAGCUGCUCCGGAAACCCUCCUCCUUGGAAAUGGGGCUGUCAGAGGCCUGCGGAGACAGAGGACAAGAUGUUUCUGCUGCUUGCUGGUAACUCUCCUGGGGUUGAGAUUUUUUUUUCUGUGCUGUCUGGGGAGAGGGAAAGUGAACUCCUCUGAAGUGCUCAACCUGCUGGAGGGGCCUUUCAGAUAAUGGAAGCUUCAUGCCUAGGCUUGAGGAGGAGAGCUAGGCCCUUGCUGCUUUCCACCUGUUUGCCAAAUACUUUGGGGUCCUGGAGACCUCAAAGGGAGUUUAGCCCAGGCCCUGCUGUGCGCUUCCUGGUGCCACUUCCUGUCUGCCUCCUGCUCUCAGUAGCUGCCACCUAACCUCACCUGGUCCACUGCUGAUUGCUGCAGCUGAGCCCCACCCGACCCUUUUCUGCAUGCUGGAGAUUUUCUGAAUCCUUCCCUGGGAGGAGGAGGUCUCCUCACCAGGUGGGACAGGAGCCUCCAUUCCUUGUGUUAUUUGGGAGCUAUUUAUUUAUUCUUAAUAUUUAAUUUUUUUUUAACAUCCUCUCAGGGACCAGGGGCCUCCUGCUUUCCAGAGGCCCAAGUGCAUUUAUCCCCCCAGACCAGGCACCUUGUCAUUUGCUUCCUUUUCCCACCCAUUCCCUGUUCCCAAGGCCCUAUGGUCCCUUGGCUUGUUGCUCUGGAAGCUCUGCCACUAGGAACAAUAGUAGCCCUGAGAAAGAGGUGUAGA